GCUUCCUUCCUUCCUCACCAACACCUCACCAAGCUCGCGCAGGAUGGCAUCAACCUCCCGCCUCCCGCCCACAGCAUGGGAUUCGGCCCGCCGCACGGCUCGCAACCUCGAAUCGCAGCUAGACGCCAAGCUCACCCAGUACUCCAGCCUCGCCUCCGCAAUCGCGCGUGGGGAGGAUGGCGCGUCUUCAUCCUCCGCCCCGGCCUGGCCAUCAUCGAAUCACAAGGACGCCCUUCUCGAGCAAGGAGACGCCUCUCAUCCACCAGCAGCAAAGGCUCAAUCGCUAGAAAGCGAGAUUACUUCCCUACUCUCUUCCCUGUCCUCCUCCCUCUCUACCCUCUCCCACUUCCUCGACGAUCCGGAGAUCCCGCCGAGUCCGGUUCAGCAUCACGCUGUUCAGCGACAUCGCGAAGUGCUCGCGGACUUUGAGCGAGACUUUCGUCGGUGUAGGGAUAAUGUCAGACAUGCGUUGGACAGGCGAGAGCUAGUUGGCCGGGUACGAGGGGAUAUUGAUGCAUAUAGGGCUGCGCAGGUGGGGAGCGAUGAGGACCGAUUGCUCGCUGAGAGGGGCAGGUUGGAUAACUCGCAUAGCAUGAUCGACGGGACGCUCGAACAAGCCUACGCAACUCUGACCGACUUCCGCGGCCAACGCCAGAUGCUCAAUAACGUCACUGCCCGUAUGAGCAAUACGGCUGCUCAGGUUCCGGCGCUGAACGGGAUCAUGACGAUGAUCGGACGCAGAAGGAGGAGGGACAGUAUAGUGAUGGGAUGCAUCAUUGGAUGCGGGACCGUAUUGCUGCUCAUGUACAUCACACGAUGAGCUGCGCGUGGAGGUCGAGGCAUGCAAUCAUGAUACCAAGCAGAGCAAGCAAAGAGAAUCAAAGCCUCGCUCGCUCCU